UUCAAGAUGGAGCCGUCUACCGCUGUGCGCAGUGUUAUGUAGCUGUCCGCUGUUGCAAAUUAAAAGCAAGGCGUUUAUUAUAGAUCUACGCGUUAAUACUAGCAUUUAAGAUGGGAGGUUUGUUUUUCGGUAAAAGGGCGUUCAUGUCCUCUGGCUGUCUCGGUGUUUACGCUAGAAAAUCCUGCCAUCGGUAUUUAUGUCUGACGUUCGACGUCUCCGUCUCGGCUCCAGCAGGGAUUCAUGGGAGGAGAUAUAGCAGCCAGGGGACAAGUAACGGAGGAAAUACAUUAGGAAAGUUUGUAUGUUAUCACCUUCCUCACAGGACCUUGUUGAACAUCCAUGGUCAGGAUACGAGUCCGUUUCUUCAGGGGAUUAUAACCAAUGACAUGACGCUGCUGGGGGAUCCUGCUCAAAAAGCCAUGUACUCACACAUGCUCAAUGUACAAGGAAGGACACUAUAUGACAUCAUAUUGUACAGUUUGAAAGAAGCUGAGCCAGGCCAUGGUGUUUUCCUGGAGUGUGACAGCACAGUUAAGGACUCCAUCUUGAGACAUUUAAAGGUGUACAAGAUCCGCAGGAAGGUCACCGUGAACCCCUGUCCUGACCUCUCAGUGUGGGCUGUGUUCCCUCAGCAUAAGAAGAUGAGUGAAGAGGCCUGUAAACCACAGCUGUCCUCCCCAGAAAAGGCUUUGGUAUGGGAGACAGAUCCUCGAACUCAGGAGAUGGGCUUCAGAUUGGUGGUUGACAGUCAGGUCAGCCCCAUGGAUAUUAUUCCAUCAUGUCAGAAGGGUGACACAGAGGAGUAUCACAGACACCGCUAUGAAAUAGGACUUCCUGAGGGGGUGAAGGACCUCCCUCCUGGGAUGGCGCUACCGCUGGAGUCAAAUCUCGUCUACAUGCAGGGUAUCAGUUUUAGCAAAGGCUGCUACAUUGGCCAGGAGCUCACAGCCAGAACUCAUCACACUGGGGUGAUUCGGAAACGUCUGAUGCCAGUACGCUUGUCAGCUCCGAUCCAGGACCUCAAGGAAGAAGCUACCCUGCAAACCCAGUCAGGCAAGCCAGCUGGGAAGCACCGGUCAGGGGUUGGAGAGCUGGGACUGAGCCUAAUCCGUAUGGCUCACGUCAAAGAGGUUCUGACGCUUAAAUCUUCUGAUGAUGCCACAGUGACGCUCGAGGUUAAUGUGCCAGACUGGUGGCCUAAAGAUGUAAAAAAUCAACUGAAGAGAAGGAUGUUUUACAGUUCCCUCACAAGUGAUGGGCAUUAAAUCUGACAUAUGCCUUUUAAGCAGAACCCUGAAGUACAGUAUGUUACACUGUCAUUGCUUAACAGCUGUGUGGCACUGAUCCAUAAAUGUUUUUAUCUGCAAUUUAUUUUGUUUGCAAUACAGCCCACUUUAAGAGUGACUUUUCCCAAAUUGUCAUUUAUCUAAAACACAAUUAUGCUAUUUAAAUGCUCUAUUUUCAGCACUAUAAAAAUCUAAAUGGUUUUGUUUG